AUGAGGAAGUUGGUCCGUCAUGAGAAAAGAACGAAUACGUUUUUUUCGUUCACCGGAAUCUUCUUUCAACGCUUCUACAGAAACCAGUCGCACCCGAAAGAAUGGACCAGGAUGACCGUCUAUGGAGACAGUAAAGCCGAGAUUGUGGAUUGUAUGUGGAACAUUGCGUUGGCUAAAAUAGAACGGCAGGUGGUGUUUGACCAAGACACUCCCCGAUGGUCUGAAAACGUACAGCCCACAGUUAAUGACGUCGAUGAAUUCGUAACAUUGCAGGACACCACCAAGAAGAAGAUGUACGCAAUUGAAUCCGUUUCAACCAGGAUUUUGAGAGGAUGGAAGGGAAAAACUGUGCGAGUUUAUGUGUACGUGUGGUCAACUAAUGUUGAAACCAGUGCCCAACAUCAGGCCGUUCUGCGGAAGUUGCUUUCACCUCAAAAUCCAGAUCGAGCUGGAGCACAUUCUGUCCGAGACGAUUCUGCUUUGGCAGAUGGACUGCGUGAUAAACAUAAUCACCUGGAAGGACAUUACAGCUCGUGGCUCUUAUGGGCUAACGUAAUUCAUUCCUCGCCAGCAUACAACAAGACGAAAUGA